UGCAGACAGUGGCAGCAGGUGAUGAGAAGAGGUAGAAGAAUCCUGUAACCACUCCCAGCCUCUCUCCCUCUCUCUCCCCCCUCCGCGAUGCCGCAGCUCCGGUAUCAGUCUCCAGUCAGCAGCAGCCAUGGCGACGGUGGUCCAGCCGCUCACACUGGAGCGAGAUGUUGCGCGGGCUAUCGAGCUGCUGGAGAAGCUGCAGGAGUCGGGGGAAGUUCCUGGGCACAAGCUGCAGUCCCUGAAGAAGGUGCUGCAGAGCGAGUUCUGCACAGCAAUCAGAGAGGUCUACCAGUACAUGCAUGAAACAAUUACAGUGAACGGCUGUCCGGAUUACCAGGCGAGGGCCACGGCUAAGGCCACGGUUGCAGCCUUCGCAGCCAGCGAAGGUCACUCUCACCCUCGGGUGGUUGAGCUUCCCAAGACGGAGGAAGGGCUUGGCUUCAACGUGAUGGGUGGCAAGGAGCAGAACUCCCCCAUUUACAUCUCUCGCAUCAUUCCUGGAGGCGUGGCUGAAAGGCAUGGAGGCCUAAAGCGAGGGGAUCAGCUGUUGUCUGUCAACGGUGUGAGCGUAGAAGGAGAACACCACGAGAAAGCGGUGGAGCUGCUGAAAGCGGCCAAGGAUAGCGUGAAGCUGGUGGUUCGCUACACCCCCAAGGUGCUGGAGGAGAUGGAGGCCCGCUUCGAGAAGCUCCGGACGGCCCGGCGGCGUCAGCAGCAGCAGCUCCUCAUGCAGCAGCAGCAGCAGCAGAACCUGCCGUCUCAGCAGAACCACAUGUCGUAGGUUGUUCCAGAAGAAGUAAAGGAGCACUUUCGGGUGGAUCUCCAUGUAUUGGAAACCAACAGGUGGACUUUUUUACAUCCUCGUCCUCCCUUCCAGCCUUCACCGAUCAUCGAGCAAAGAGAGAAUUUGAAAUUGGUGCUUAGUUUAACCUUCCUUUUAUGGUUUCUCUUCUUUUCUGUGAGUUUCAGUUAAAGCUCCCUUUUACUGCUUCCUCCUUCCUUUGCCUUUUUCCCCAUAGAUAUUGUUUGUGAAGUGGUGUUUCUAUUGAUUCUUCAACUGGUGCUGGUGUCUCGUAUGAAUGAUCCUUUGGUUUCCGGUCCUUUUUUUGGAUAAACUCUUUUUUACCUUCGAAACUGUAGCAAGAAAAUAAUUUUCUAUCCUGUAGGUGUAGCAAUAACACAUUCUUGGGUUUUUACAGUUGGCCACUGAGCUCCCGAUCACACCGACUUUAUUUCACGUAAUUCACUGUAGAGAAAAUCGAGUUUAACUCAAAGUUCUGGCAGCUUUCGAGUCCAAAUCUAUGCCGUUUAAAGAGAUUAUCAACAACAUGUAUGAUUAAAGUUUAAUCAAGGUCACUAUUAGAGAUAUUUAUUCAUUUAAUUCAAGGACAUUUUAUGUAGAGAAUAUAUUAGAGAUUAUUUCACUCUGCAGAGAUGCUAAAUGUGUCCUGUUACUAUUAUAAAAAGAAUGUCUUUGACUUUUAUUUGCAUUAAAUUAAAUAGAAUUAUGCUCAAAGCAUGUUUUUUAGAAUAUUGUAUAUUAAGAGUUUUAUCAUCAUCUGAUAUUUAUUUAUUCUCAGAUAAACAGAUUGUCAUUUAAACUCUGUUCAGAUUCUUGACAUCAUUUCCUAGCUUUGUUUCAUGGACAUUUAUUUUGAAUUAUUUUUCUGAAGUGAGAGGAAAGUUUGAUAUUUUGUUCGUUGUUUUGUUUAAAUUAAAUCUUUUCUCCUGAACAAACAUGUCCAAAUUUAAAGCUUUCCACCUGAUUUGAGUUUAUUUUGGUUUUUGUCUUUGCUGCUGAGCACUUCCUGUUUGCGAGAUUUUGUUUUUAUUUUGCUAACCGGUGAAAUCUUUGAUAUUAUCUUUUAUUCAGUUCCAAAACCUUGAAGCCCAAUCAGAAAACAAAACGUAAUGUUUUUCUCCCCUUAGUGAACAGACUGUGUAAAAGAACAGUCACAAACUCACAUUCUCGUGGAAAUAAUCCAGAUUAAAGCUUUCCAUUGAUCUGCUUUAUACGAUGAGGUCAUUGCCGAAAUAACCUGCUGGCGUUGAAGCUCACUUAAUGCCACAGCUUUGUGUUAAGUGAGCUUAAAGCUCAGGUUUUAUCUCAAAUAUUUUUCUUCCUCCAGUUAAAAGAAUAAAACAUUAAAGAGCUUUUUUGUAUCUUUAAUGACUUUUUUCCUAAUUGACUCCGUUUUGAUGCUAAUAGUCCAGGGGUGUUUCUCAAUGUCAAGGAACCUUGCCUUGAUGUCUUGGCCCCGCCCCGGUUGCCUAGGAGACACAUCAUCAGAGUGCCGUUAUGGCUGCUCUCGUGGUCUGCCUGUAUCUGUUUUGUCUACGUGUGUGUGUGUGUGUGUGUGUGUGUGUGUGUGUGUGUGUGUGUGUGUGUGUGUGUGUGUGUGUGUGUGUGUGUGUGUGUGUGUGACUUUGGUCAGGAUGUGCUGCGGAGUCAAGUUCCUAUGCUUUGGGACGCUGGAGCACUGGCAAUAAAGCUGAUUCUGAUUCUGAUCAGGAACCGCCAAGACGUGUUCCAAUGGGUUCCAAUGUUCAUGUUCUACCGAGGCGUGUGUUCUCCGUUUGUUAUCCGUUUAGCUAGCUGAGCAAGGACACACGGGAGGUGUUUUGUAGCCUAGUCUUGGCCAAAAAUUACCCAGAAUACACCGCGGUAUUUUCAAAAGAACGGCGGAUCAGAAGCCGGCAGCUACUUCGGGACAAUUUUCAAGUUUAAAAGUAAGUCAACUAAUUUGAAAAUGUUUUUUUUUAGAUCCAAAGAAAUUAUCUAUGGUUGGUUAGUUGCUUGGUAGUUGCAGCUUCGGUGGCUAGCGGGUUGUAACUCACUUAUAUUUUUUAUUUAACAAACACAUACACAAUUUAAAAUGUAAAAGGCUCGUUAUACAUUUAUAUUGAAACGAAUACGUAUAAAAUAUAACGUUAUUUCCCGUGUCACAUGACGUUACGUGACUGCCGUGGAAGCCGCGCUCGUAUGAUGCAAGUCUGUUCCAUUUAACCGUUUUCUUUGACCAAGGAAGGGCAGUGUCCUCGUAGUGUCCUCGUAAGCAAGGCGCCUGUUCUUGCAAGACAUCGCCUCACAAGGCCAGGCGCCUUGACAUUGAGAAACACCCAAGGACUCCCCGUGACAAGAAGACAGCGAACCGUUGAUAUGCAAUUGUUAUACAUACUAUAUUUGUAUUAAUAAAUCUAUGUGCUUGUGUA